GGGCCUGGUGCCUGUCGAGGCCUCGGCCCUAGCCCCGGGUGAUGGGGGAAAGAGGCGGAUGGCGGGGCUUUGAGUUGCGCCGGGGCCGCUGGGCCGGAUCCUGAGGCCUCGAGUAAAGACUAACAAUGCCGGGGAAGCUGAAAGUCAGGAUUGUGGCUGGCCGUCACUUGCCAGUUAUGGACAGGGCCAGUGACCUAACGGAUGCAUUUGUAGAGGUAAAAUUUGGUAAUACAACGUUUAAGACUGAUGUGUUCCCUAAAUCACUCAACCCCCAGUGGAAUUCAGAAUGGUUUAAGUUUGAGGUCGAUGAUGAAGACUUGCAAGAUGAGCCAUUACAGAUCACAGUUCUGGAUCAUGAUACCUACAGUGCUAAUGAUGCUAUUGGAAAAGUAUACAUUGAUAUUGACCCUUUAUUAUCAAAUGAAGCUGCAGCCAUUCUGUCUGGCUGGUUUCCAAUCUAUGAUACUAUUCAUGGUAUCCGAGGUGAAAUUAAUGUUAUGGUGAAAGUGGAUCUUUUCAAUGAUUUGAACCGCUUCAGACAAUCAUCGUGUGGGGUCAAGUUCUUCUGUACUGCGUCCAUUCCUAAAUGCUAUAAAGCGGUAACAAUCCAUGGGUUUGUUGAAGAAUUGGUAGUGAAUGAGGAUCCAGAAUAUCAGUGGAUUGAUAGGAUACGCACGCCCAGGGCUUCGAAUGAAGCCAGACAGAGGUUAAUAUCACUGAUGUCAGGAGAACUCCAACGAAAAAUUGGCCUAAAGGUACUUGAGAUGGGAGGCAAUGCCGUAGUGGGCUACCUGCAGUGUUUUGACUUGGAGGGUGAAUCUGGGUUGGUUGUACGUGCCAUUGGGACUGCAUGUACACUCGAUAAACUAAGUAAUACAGCGACAUCACUCCUACCUCCAUGUAGUUCCCCAUCUAAAGACCUGAAAGAGGUUCCCUUCAGUGAAGAUCCCAACCCUGUUACUCAUUCAUCUGGACCCUCCACCCCACUGAAAAAUCAAACCUAUUCCUUUUCACCUUCCAAGUCCUACAGUCGACAGUCCUCCUCUUCUGACACAGAUUUGAGUUUGACACCUAAAACUGCAGCACCUUUCCCUGAGGGGCCUAGGAUUUUCCUCUUUCCCAGUUCCCCUCCUCUCUCUUCCAGUUCCCCAUUUCAUAAAAGUACACAUCUCCUUCGCUCGGAGGCUCUGCACAGCCUUACUCCUCCUCAUUCUGGCUAUGUGAGUCCAGUCUGUCUGAGGAAAACUGUGUCUUUCAAUGAAGAGUUGCUUCUAACUGCCUCUGGUAUGGGAAGUGGGAGCGGUGGGAAAGAUGGAGGUCCAUUGAAAACACUCUAUCGACAGCAAACUCAGUCUGCUUUUGAACACAGGGAAUUCCCCUUCUUUACCCUUACAACUUUCCCACCUGGGUUUCUUGUUCAUGUUGGAGGUGUAGUGAGUGCGAGAUCUGUGAAGUUAUUGGACCGAAUCCAUAAUCCUGAUGAACCUGAAACUCGUGAUGCUUGGUGGGCGGAAAUCCGACAGGAAAUCAAGUCACAUGGCAAAGCUCUUGGAUGCCAUGCAGUGGUUGGAUACAGUGAAUCAACCAGCAUCUGUGAAGAAGUCUGUAUCUUGUCUGCUUCAGGCACUGCGGCUGUACUGAACCCAAAGAUGCUUCAAGACUGCAGUAUGGAAGGCUGCAGUGAACACAGGUUGUCAAGGCAGCCUAGCUUCUUUUCCACAGGGUCAGAGAAGGGAGAGUUUGAUUUUUUUCUUCAGUGCCAGGAUAGUGCUUCUAUAUUAGGGUUGGAUGACACGUCGUCCCAGGGCUGCAGUUUCUGUCAUAUUCCUUAUGAUGAGUUAAAUAUGCCUUUCCCUGCACACCUCACAUAUUGUUAUGUUUGUCGGAAGCAGAAAGUUCCUGAUGUUCUCUUCACCACAAUUGAACCUCCCUUAGAAGCGGCAGUAACUGGAAAAGGCUGCUUAAUUCAGGCUAGGCUGUGUCGUCAAAAGAAGAAAACUCAGGGUGAGGCCAAUGCCACAGCAAUAAGCAACCUGCUACCUUUUAUGGAGUAUGAGCUUCACACUCAGCUGAUGAACAAACUUAAACUAAGAGGAAUGAAUGCACUCUUUGGCCUACGGAUUCAGAUUACAGUUGGCGAAAAUAUGUUGAUGGGCCUUGCUUCUGCAACUGGUGUAUAUUUGACUGCACUGCCCUCUCCAGGUGGUAUACAGAUUGCAGGGAAGACUCCCAGUGACUCUUCUUACGAACAGCAUAUUUCAAAUAUGCAGAAAAAGAUUAAUGAUAUGAUCAUAAAGAACAGGGAAAUCUAUGAGAUAAAUCCUCCAGAGAUCCUAGAGGAGCUGUUUGGAUCCCCAAUCCCAGAAUCAAGGCAGCGUUCCAGGCUCUUUAGGUCCCAGUCAGAAAGUUCAGAUGAUGUUUCAGAACUGGAUCUUUCACAUGGAAAAAAGGAUGCCUUUGUAUUAGAGAUUGAUGAUGCUGAUGCUGUUGAAGACAUUCACUCAUUGUUGACAGAUGCUCCCACACCAGCCGGCUUUUACAGUUGCAAUACAGAAACUAUGCCUGGGAUCAACAAUUGGACAUCUGAUUUACAGAUGUUCACUUCAGUGAGAGUGUUCCGAUUAAACAAUGUUACUAGUCUCACAUCGCACGGACUUAAUAAAGCUUUUAGUGAUCUUUGUGAAAAUCUGCUGAAGACCCUAUAUUUUAAGCUACGAUCCAUGGUACCUUGCUGUCUUUGUCACGUGAAUUUCAAUGUUGCACUACCAGAAGAUGAGUUAAUCCAGGUUGCCGUUACAGCUGUUGCAAUAACAUAUGACAAGGACCAAGCCCAGUGCAUUGCUAAGGCUUGUACAGACAGGACCCUCCUGAAAGCUUCAACAGAGAAUGAAGACCAACUCCAGUUUACUUUGGAACUCUGUAUGGAAUCGCAGUCUAGUCAGUCUGCUGUACACUUUUCCCCAAGUAAAGUUACAGGUAUUACAGAAAGUGGCAACUUGCAGCAAGUCACUCCAGCAACACAAAGAGCUACCUCAGUUGAUUACAGUUCCUUUGCAGACAGAUGCAGCAGCUGGAUAGAGUUCAUUAAACAGAAAGCUCAGACCAUAAGGCGUGGAUCAAUUAAAACAAUUGUUUCACUUGACAAAGCGAGCCCACUGACUGAAGCUCAUACACGUCAUCGCUCACCAGUAUCAUGCACAACCUCCACAGUCACUGUAGUGGAAAUGACCCCUCUCUCCUUCAUUCCUGGUGCAAAAAUAACCAAAUAUCUCGGAAUCAUCAACAUGUUCUUCAUUCGGGAAACCACAUCUCUGCGUGAGGAAGGCGGAGUUAGUGGAUUUCUUCAUGCAUUCAUUGCUGAAGUGUUUGCUAUGGUGCGGGCCCAUGUUGCUGCCUUAGGAGGGAAUGCAGUUGUGUCUUAUAUCAUGAAGCAGUGUGUGUUCAUGGAAAAUCCCAACAAAAAUCAGGCACAGUGCCUUAUCAAUGUAAGUGGUGAUGCCGUGAACUUCUUUAAAGAUGCUGAUGUGGAGUCAGCAUCUUCUCAGCCUCAAACAAGUGGCCUACAGAUAGGGAAUGGCAGCGGAGACGUCGUCACAUGAAAUUGGUACAGAUUAAUUCCUGCUGUCGCUGCCUGGGUUUCUGGAACAGAUAGAAGACCAUUUAUCUACAUUUCCAACCUCAUUGGUCAUUAUUCUCUGUAUGGAUAUCUGUGUUUAACUGCCUUACUGUGUUACACAGUAUGUGAUGACCUGUAUUAUCCUAGAUCUGUAGACUCGAUAGUCCUGGGUAAAUAGUGGUCAUCUUGUCUCAUAAUCUAUUACCCAGGAGUUUAAUUUUAUUGACCUUGUAUCAUCUGGAUCUUCAGAUGAGAAGCGAAUGUUUGCUCUAAAUGUGGAGAUUAUAUAGAAAAUACUGUUAAGAAUUGGCAACGUUUCUAUUGUAGAAGACUUUUCAGUAAGUUUGUGAGUUAAUACUUAGCACCAAGACCAAAUGGAAGGGUAUUAAAUGGUACUGAACUGUAUUUUAAGCCAAUGCUGUACCUGUAAAACUGGAUGUUUAUCUGUUAAUCCUGCUCUUUGUAAUGACAAAUGCAGCCUUCAAUGAAAGCUUGAAGUGCCAUUAUCAAAAUGUUAUAUCAGCAUAGAACUUCAGUGCCAGUCUGAGAGAUAAAUGGUGAAACUCUAUGUACAUCUUUCUUUGAUGUUCUAAUGUAAUAAGCUGCAAAAAUGUAAGCUUUCUUUUAAUAAGAAAAUAUACAGGCUAGCUGGAUUCACAAAGAUUGUUAAAAUUAGAAAAUGUUGAAAGGUUUAGGAACACACUACCUAAUCAAAUUUGAAGUUACCACACCCAGCAAAUGGCACUGUAUAUUUCUGCAUAUCCAAAAAUGGUAUUUUUGUAAUUGACAGGAUGGAGCUUUAGGAGGAUGAAAGCUUUUAAAAAGCUUCUCGAUCUGUGACUUGUAAUAUUGCAGAACCAGAAUGAUACAGGAGACAUUCGAUUGUGGGAUUUUUUUUUUUUUUUGGAAAUUCAAUGCAUAAUUGAAGACUUGAAUGUACAGAACACUUAAUUUGUAAAGGUUUCAACAAUUCACUUGCUUUGCACACUUCAGUGCAUGAAAAUAAAAUUCUGUGCUGUAGUUUUGCGGAUUGUACCAAGGAUACAAUAGCAUGAAAGAAAAUCGUUCCCUUAAUUCCUCUGGGAAAUAAGUAUUUUAUGAAUAUUUAUAAAUUGCUUUUUUUGAAACCAAUGCAAGUGGUCCAGUUUGUAUUUUCAAACUGAAACUGAAUGGGUACUGUGCUGGUAGGUACGUUGAUCACUGAUGCUUACGAAAGAAUAUCCAAUGUACAGAACUUCUAAAUACUAUUCACUCUACUGCAGUGAGCUGAACGUGAAAUGGAGUCAUUUCCUGCCUAUAUGAUUUUUAAAACCAAGUCAGGUUUCAAAACAUUUUAAUGUGUGAAUAUAAUGCAAACUGAUCAUUCAGAGAUUCGGCUUUUUAAAUAAACUGCUGGGUCAUAACCA